AUGGGUUGUAAAGAUAUACUAUCGAUUCCACUACUAUUCUUGACUGCUUUAUUACCACCAAACAAUAACAAGAACAACAAUAGUGACAAUGAGAAUGAUGGGAAGUGUGAAUUGAUAGGAACAUUUUCAUUAGUUACUCAGGCAUUUCUUGGAUUAUUAUGUCUUUCUUCUUUAUUAAUUAAAAGAUCCUAUGAAUAUCCUGUACGACGUACAUGGCCAGUAUGGGCUUUUGAUGUUUCCAAACAAUUAAUCGGUGCAUUUGGUGUACACAUAUUCAAUGUUAUCUUAUCUGUGGUGAAAACAGCUCCAGAAUAUCUCAACAAUGGUAUUUCUACUAGAAAUAAUGACAAUGGCAAUGGUGGUGAUAACUAUGAUGAUGGUGAUGAUACACAAGAUCCAUGUGAUUGGUACUUUUUAAAUAUUGUAUUUGAUUGUACUAUUGGGGUAUAUGUCUUGUAUCUUGUUUUCAAAGCCAUGAAUCGAAUAUGUAAAGAAUACUUUCAUUUAACGCAAAUUGAAAGUGGAGAAUAUGGCCCAAAUCCAAAUAAACCUUCAUUUAGAGCAUUUCUUAAACAACUUGGUGUGUAUUUUACUUCGUUGAUGAUUACUAAGGUCCUUUUGUAUGGAUUAGUUGAAUGUUUUGAGAAACAAUUGUUGUGGAUUACUUCACAUAUUUUGUUGGUGUGGUUAAAUGAGUAUCCUGAUGAAUUUGAGAUAUUUAUUGUUAUGUUUAUUGUUCCUAUAAUUAUGAAUUGUUUGCAGUUGAUACUUAUUGAUAAUUUUAUUCGAAACCAAUUAUGGAUCAAUGUGAAUAAGCGAAUGGUACUUGAAUAUCCGAAUUUCGAUGAAGAUACAGAAAGUGUUCAACAACGUGAAAUCGAUCAAGCAAGACAUGAAAUCGAGUGUGGUUCGAAAUAUGCCUUUGAUGGUGAAACUGAUAGAGAAGAUACUUUGAUUACUCGAGAUGGAAAUCAUAAAAACUAUGGCUCCUACAAUGAAGUGUAA